AGAGAGGCACGCACUAACAACCAUUGAACAGGGAUAGAGACAGAGGAAAGGGAGUAAAGAGAAGGGGAGGGAAAUCAAGGGAGUACAAAGCGAGAACAAUUUUAUUUAGGAAAAGUUAGCUACUUUCUGAUUUUAAACUUGGGAGAGAGAUAGCAAGUCAAAGCAGAAAUUAGAAGAGUCCAGACAAAGUGACUUUAAUAGAUACAGAACUAGUCAGUUUGAAGUGUCUGUUUAAAAAAAUCCACUAGGAAAACUAGAGAGGAGAGGGAGGAAGUGAGAGAGAGAGUGAGAGCGAGAAAGAGAGGGAGCGAGAAAGGGAGGGGGAGCAAGAGAUAGAGCGUGUAAGAAAACAACACCGAGAUGUUCAUGAUCAUUCCGAAGGAUUCUUCCGCCGGAGGAGGUGGUUCAGCAGGGAUGAGCUCGCAACACGGGAAAAGCGCAAAACAGGUAAAAGCAGCGAUCAGUAAGAAGGUUCAGAAACAGCAGAUUAAGCAGAGGAGGCAGUCCAUUGAGCAGAGUGGAGACUCAGAAGUCUCAGCGGCUGGAGUCAACCCCCCCCAUGGUAGGAGGUACAGCCAGACCCCCACCCCCUUCCCCAGAGAUAGAGAGAGAGGUACAGGGGAUGAAGAGGAGGAAGAGGAGGACCUGGAUGUGGAGGACAAGGUGGCAGAUGUGAUAAAGACGAGUGGUCAGAAGCAGGAAGAGAUGGAGUCCAUAGACCUGCUCCCUAUAAUGGACCCAGCAUUUGGACCGGACAGGGACCUACGACCAGAGGAGAUUGAAGAGCUUCGCGAGGCGUUUGUGGAGUUUGAUAGGAAGAAGAAUGGUUAUGUCAGCCACAAGGACCUGGGAGAGUGCAUGAGGACCAUGGGCUACAUGCCCACAGAGAUGGAGCUCAUCGAGCUGGGCCAGUCCAUCUGUGGCGGCAAACUAGACUUUGAGGACUUUGUGGAGCUGAUGGGCCCAAAGAUGCUGGCAGAGACAGCAGACAUGAUCGGAGUGAAAGAACUGAGAGAUGCAUUCAAGGAGUUUGAUGCUAACAGUGAUGGUCAGAUCAGUAUAAUGGAACUGAGGGAGGCUAUGAAGAAGCUGAUGGGAGAACAGCUGACCAACAGAGAGAUCGACGAGAUCCUCCGAGACGUGGAUCUCAACCGGGACGGACUGGUCGACUUUGAGGAAUUUGUUCGAAUGAUGUCACGCUGAGAUAACCAUAUGGCGUUGUUGUGUAACAACUGGAAAAGGGACCACUACAUUUGUAGUGAACAACUGGAAAAGGGACCACUACAUUUGUAGUGAACAACUAGAAAAUGGACCACUACAUUUGUAGUGAACAACUGGAAAAGGGACCGCUACAUUUGUAGUGAACAACUAGAAAAGGGACCACUACAUUUGUAGUGAACAACUAGAAAAGGGACCACUACAUUUGUAGUGAACAACUGGAAAAGGGACCACUACAUUUGUAGUGAACAACUAGAAAAGGGACCACUACAUUUGUAGUAAACAACUGGAAAAGGGACCACUACAUUUGUAGGGAACAUUCUUGUUCUACUGACUGGACCUCGGUUUGUUAUUUUUUGUAAAGCAGCACUUAAAUUGAGUGAACACUUAAUAGUAGUUCUACAAAUCUUCUAACUCAAGUUGUGACAGUUAAAUUGAACAUGGAUUGGUUGUGACAUAUCAACAUCCUAAUGCUUGGCUGUCAUGAGUAUCUCUUAUCUUUUUAAAGUGUCUUUUUUUUAAGUGAAUGUUUUUACUCUGAUUGUAUGUGUGUUCAAAGGUUCAACCUCGUUUGUCAAAUGUGAUGUUAUUUUCAAAUAAAAAGUUGUCUGUCUG